AUGCCACUGACCCAAGAGAAUCUUCGUGCAAUUUCCAAAGGGCACAAUAAACAAGCCGGUCCGCGUACUCAUAAAUCUAGUCGUUCAAACCCGAAAAUCGAGCGCAACCCCCACAACGGCAUUCAAACCCUGAAAUCUACAGACAAAAAUCAUGAAGCCGAAGCAGCGUCUAGCAAAAGAUCUCAUUCGAGAACAGGGAGAAUAAAACCUUUAUGUAGCGCAGCUUCAGAUCCUGGUCUCGACUCAGAAUAUGUUUCUCAGCGUUCCGAUAUGAAUUCGUCGAAUCCGGGCAGACGGUCAUCGAUUGCAUCGUCGAUGUCUAGAUAUUCUGAUACAAGCUCCCUGGACAGAUCAAGAGAUAGUUUUCAUGUAAAUGUAGGGCAUCAUGAUGUUCAUGUGCGUUAUGGGUCGGGCCGAACGAACUCAGCGACAUCGUCUGACGACGGCAAUGAAACACUGGUUCACGGCAAAAUAAAGAAAGCGAAGGAACGGUCCAGAUCCAAGCGCACCGCUGGUAUGGUUGUUUGA